AUGAUUGGAUUGCGACGCCCUCGACGCGCCGCGGCGCCCCGCCGCGCGCCGCAAAUAGGCUUUAGUGCGCGGAAGAGGCGCGCGUCGCGACGCCGCCUCCGCCCCACGCCGCCCUCCGCCAGCCACGCCCUCGCUUCGCCUCCCCGCGCCCGCCCCCGCCACCCACGCCAUGCCCCGCCCGUCCACGGCCGCCACCCACGUCGCGCCAUACCCCGCACGACCACCCUCAGCAAGCCACGCACCCUCGCUUUCGCCUCCCCGGCCCUGCCCCGCCACCACGCCAUUGCCCCGCCCGUCCACGGCCCGCCACGCCACGUCGCGCCAUACCCCGCCACGCCACCCUCCGCCCAAGCCACGCCCUCCACUUCGCCUCCCGCGCCCUGCCCCGCACCACGCCAUGCCCCGCCCUUCCACGGGCCCGCCACGCCACGUCGCGCCAUACCCCGCCCCACCGCCACCCUCAGCCAAGCGUACGCCCCUCACUUGCCUCCCGCGCCCUGCCCCCGCCACCCACGCAACCCCGCUUACCCACGCCAUGCCCCACACGCUCCUCCCCACCCUGCCCCCCCGUCCAGCUCCCACGCCACCCUCCGCCAAGCCACGCCCUCACUCGCCUCUCCGCGCCCCGCCACGCACCCCCGCACCGCGACAGCUCUCCGACCGCAAGAGUUAUGGAAUUUAUGCGCGAAAACAAGCUACGUGUGUGUAUGGGCAAGAGACAAUGACGCUCAGCAAGCGUCAGCGCAAGUCAAGCUGGCAGACUUUAAAGACCAGAUUAUAGUUAGAAGUUCCAAGAGCAUAGCUGGAAAGAAAGUUAAUAUAACACAACUUCUGACUCUGUGAGCAUAGAUAAGAAGGCAAAUAUCGACUGCCUUGUGGAAUUUCAGAAUAGUUAUGAUGACGCUUCAAAUACCAGUAACAGCACUUUUAUUUGUCAUGAUGUUUCACCAGCCAAUUUUGGCAACCACGGAACUUCCAACUCUGUCGUGCGCUGAAACUGCAGGCACAGAACUUGUUCUUCUUAAUGAGCCGUGCAACGUUAACGGAGAAAAGAUGGACUUUGCCUGUAUUGAGAUAUUACCCGCCAAUACUUUAAAACACACUACUAUAAUCAAGAAUUUCACAGUGACAGAGGAAGUGGAAACAGAAAACAGCCGCACAGACAUAACUUUCUGCAUUGCCAUGACAUCGCUUGAGAAGAAAAAUUUAAUGAGUGUUUUUAGUGGGAAAUUUCUGACGCUGAACAUGACUUUUGCCAGUAAUCUUUCAGUAGGGAUUCUCGUUGUGAAUAGGAACUGUUGGAGUUUUAAAGAACUAAAUUGUCAUCAUCGAGUGCUCCUCCGCUCGGACGUGAUGUCCAUGCCCCCGAUGGUGUACACGCCCAACUCCCGUUUCUUCUGGGACUUCUCCUUGCCUCUGCUGCAGGCCGGCACGGAGUGGGUGGAAACACUAAGUGUGACCGGUGAAGGACUGGCCAUCGACCCCAGGGUGCUGAACGGUCUGUCGGGCAGUGGGCUGCGCGAGCUGGUGGUGCGAGGCGGCAACUCCACCCCCUCCCCAGAAGACGGCCCCCAGCCGCGCCUCGACCAGCUGCCGCGCCUCCGCCACCUGGAGAUCACGCACUUCAACGUCCACCACCUCCUGCAAGGAUGUUUCAACAAUUCUCUCGCAAUCGAGCAUCUUCUCCUUAGUGGAAAUCUUCAAGAUAUACCAGAUUGUGUCCAUCGAUUAAAAAAUCUGAGAACCCUUCUCAUCGAGUCGAAUUUCGAAGCCUUUCGUUUCACCCCAACGACGCUGGAAGGCUUGCUUCUCCUGGAUAAUUUAACUCUCUCCAGAAGUCGAAUCAUGGAUUGGCAUGAACAGCUGCCAAUUCUACCAGCACUGAGAACUCUUACAAUUUCGAAGUGCGGGCUUGCUUCUGUUCACUCAUCUCCUUUGGUACUGCCAUCUUUAGAACACCUUGAUCUAAGCGGAAACAAUAUAGAGACAAUACCUGAAUCCACACUCCAUCAACUUCUCCACCUCAAAGUUAUUGUUCUCAAUGAUAACAAGCUCAAGACUUGGCCCACUUUACCAAAGAUUCACUUUUUGCAUGUUCACAUGUCUAACAAUUUACUUAAUGACAUUGUGAACCUCGGUAAACAAGGAAUAACCGUAGACAACCUAGAUCUAUCUAAAAACGUAAUUGAGCAAUGGAGCGAUUCUAAUGUAUUUGCUUCUUUGCGACGCUCGUUAAGAAAUAUUACACGUAAACCGAAUUCUACAGUUUUAGUGCAUUGGCCGUGGGUUCCCAAUGUAAAUCUUUCCUUAAACCGUAUCACGGCUUUCUCUCCAAAGAUGUUGAAGUCGUUAGACGACCUCUUUAAAGUCGAUAUUGGAGGCAAUGAGCUGGAUUGUCUCGACUGUCAAACGCCUGACUUGCAGAAGUGGCUGACUACCACAAAGACGAAGGUGCGUCUGUCGGGCGCGCGCGGGCCCGUGCGGUGCGGCGCGCCGCCGGCGCUGCGCGGCUUCCCGGUGGCCGCGGCGACGCCG